AUGGAAGAAACUCAGCUUUUGUCGGCCUUGGCUUCCCUCUUCUCCCCCACAGAUCCCACGACUCAGAGACAGGCGGACGAGUGGUUAAGAGGGUGGCAGCAGUCUGUGGGAGCUUGGGAGGCUUCUCUGGAGCUUUUGGCCUUAAGGGAACCUCCCCUCAGUGACGAUGUGGUGUGCUUCGCGGCUCAGACACUGCGGACGAAGUGUUUGUUUGAUUUGUAUCAGCUGCCUCCAGAGGCUCCUGUUGCUCUCAUCUGCAGGAUUGCGGCAGCCCUUAAGCAGCACCAUGCGAACAGAGCUGCUGUCACGCAGCUGAGCUUGGCUCUGGCAGCUGUCUCUUUGUCACAGCAGCAAGACUCCCCCCUGGCGCUGCUGUUGCGAGCGUGUGGCUUGGACACGUUGCAGCCACAGCAGAACUCCGCAGAUGCUCGGCUGCUGCUCCUCCUUCUCACCCACUUGGGGGAAGAGGCGGCUUCCUCUGGCCUCAACCCCCCCCCUCCCGCAGUCUUUCUCUUGCUUUUUCUCUGCGUGUCACCCGUUCUUCAGGUUCUUCAGUUUGCUGUAUCCAUCCGCAAAAACGGAUGCAAAAGUCUGAGCCUCAGUGUGCUCGAAUCGACGUCUUCGGAUACUGCCGAGACAGCGGCAGCGGCUGCAUGCAUUGCCCAUCUCCUGAAGACUUGGGGCCGCUUCACGGGGGCUGCAUCAGCGACAACGGCAGCGGGGGAGGGAGUUUCUCCCUUGCUGCAGAUUGCAGUGAAGCAUUCAAUUGGUCCUUUGCAGCGCAUGCUGGCGACAUCAGCAGCAGUGACGGCGAACGGAGAGGGAAGGGGAGGUUCGGCAGCGGGAGCAGCCCCUUCUGCAGAUCCUGAGACUCUCGCCUAUGCAGUGCAUGCAGUUGCAGCGACGUGCCGGGUUGCAGUGCCCUUGCUGCUGCGACGAACGCAUGUCGAUGCUGAGUUGCAGCAGCUGCUAGAGACGCUUGCUGCCGCCGUUGCGCUCCCGCGGACGCUGGGCUUGCUGCAUUAUCGCCAGCAGUUUCCGCAGCAGCAGCAGCAACAGCAGCACCCCCAAGAUGAGGAUGAUCUGACCAGCGACUAUGAGGCGGCUGCCUUUCUCUCUGCGGAAGCCGUGCGGUUCUUCUGCCAUUUGCGCUACGACAUCGAGAAUGCAGAGAGACAGCAGCCGCAGCAAGAAGAGGAGGUGCAUCCUCAGAGCAAACAGGCCCUCAUCCAGGUGUAUAGACACCUGACCGACGAGAUUGUCAAGCAAAUGCAGCUGCCUUACGCACAGCUGUCGAAUGAGGAUAUUGAAGAGGUCUUUUGCUUUAGAGAGCAGCUUCUUUUGCUUCUGGAAGACGCUGCGGCUCUGCUGGGAGCAGAGGUCUCCUUAGGCGUGGCAGGCCGCAUUCAGCAGCUCUUACAGCAGCAUCAGCUGCAGCAACAGCAGCAGACAGCUGCUGCUGCGGGGGAGAGCUUCGAGAUGCAGUUGGAGUGUCUCUUGGUCGCACUGAACAACAUCUUUUCUUACAGCUCAUCGGCUGCUGCAGUAGAGGUGGUAUUGCCGUCGGCUGUCGCCGCUGUUCAGUCCGUGCUCACCUCCUCUCCCCCUCUGACACGUGCUGGAGUGGCAUGCCGUGUGGCAGCAGUCAAGUUCUUGCAAACAGCCCAAUCUUCGCUAGACACCGACCCCGGCUCCCUCCAGGCGGCAGUCGGUCUGCUCGCCAGUCAGGUGUCUGCUGCAGGGGCAGUCGCAGCAGGGGGGGGGGCAGCAGGGGAAUCUUUAGAAGCAGCAACAGCGAUUUUGCGGCACCGUGCUGCAGCAGCCCUGGAGGAUAUUUGCAGACAUUCAAAGUCUUGUGUGUCGCCUCAAACGAUUCAAGAUCUCGCUGCGCGUACGAUGGCGUAUUGGCUGGUGCUGGAAGCAGUCUGCUGCUUGGUGGCGCGAGAGGAAGAAGAUACAAGAAUGUUGUCGAUGAUGGAGGGUCUCUGCCGCCCCUGCAUUACCGCAGUGGAGGAGGUUUUGACUUCGGGUAGCGAAGCGCGUCAAGAUCUUUGCACGCGUUUGGAUUCGUUAGGAUACGGCGCAUGGCAUUCGAGAAAUUCCACAACGGCUAGCUGCCGUCCGCAGCUUUCUGUGCAACACGCUAUGGCCGCUGCUGCAGCGGCUGCUGCUCCAGCAGCAGCGCAAUGCCACGGUUGUUGA